AUGCCUCCUGUCGUGUUGCAGUUCAACGCCGUCCCAACACAGAUGGGGCUCAAAGGAAACGCCAUCGAAGGAAUCGUUGGCAUUUCGUUCAUAUCGGUCGUCCUCGUGUUCUUUGUUAUACUCAGCUUUGUACCUCGUAUCAGGAUGAGGCGAUCGGGUUGCGGACAAGGAUGCCUUCCUGGCCAUCGACGAGUCAGGCUGGACCUAGCCGAGGGCACUGUGAAUAAUAACCCGCAGCCACCUCCGCCCGCCUACAACUCUCUCUACGCCGAUACUGGGCGCCCGCAGGCCCGGUCUUGGUCGGACUUGACCAGAUGGUGGAGAAGAUCCGCGCAACCGCGCACUGAGCGCGACACUGCCAACCCUCCCAACGUCGUGGAUGAAUGGAUUGGGGAUCCUUCCCAGCUCAGCAGCAGCCCUCCAACCCUGACCCCGUCUGACUUGCCUCCGUAUUGCGGAUUCGAUCCUCAUGGCUUGCCGACCUACGAGACCAUCGCUUGUGCCGACGAACAGGAGCGACGACGGAACCAACGAUCUGGUGUGGCAACGAGAGUUCUUCAGAGAACUCGAGACGACGGCUCGUCAAGUCUGUCUACGAGGGAGAGGUGGACGGGAGUCGUAGUUAUCGAGAGGGAGAUAUCCCUCGACGAAGCGUGA